GAGUCUGUAGCACUAAAAAAAACAUUAAAGAUAAGUAAAAGUUGGGAGCAUAAAAUAAUAUUUUCCAGAAAAAAUAGGUCCUUGUUUACACGCAUCAAUUAACCACGGCAUAUCAACCUCAAUCACUUCCUUAACUUCAACUCCUACUCUCUCUACCACUCUUUAACGCCACUGAAACUUGUGCAUAUAUGCGGCACAUAUAUACAGUGAGUGUGAGUUGAGAGGCGAUGAAGAUGAUGAAGGGUUCAACAAAGCCAGUUUCAAGCCCCAGCAGAGCCCAGAAGUUUCCGCCGCCAUUGAUGAGGUUUCUGAGGAGCAAUGGUGGGAGCAAGAGCAAAGGGAGGUCACGUUCACGCUCCUCCUUGUUCAUGCGUAGGAAGAACACGGCGGCCGGCGUUGAGAUUACCCAGGAGCCGUCUUCUCCCAAAGUCACUUGCAUAGGCCAAGUCCGGGUCAGAAGAUCCACCAAGUCCGCCGGAGCCUCAGAAUCUCGCCGGAAAAAAUGUCUCCCCUGUUGUUGGGCCCGCAAGACUCUAUUUUGCCAUGGAUUUUCGAAGAAAUUUCACAAACCCAGACCUAUUCCCUCCUUGUUACGCCAAUGCGGACGGUUUUUCGGGUUCGGGUCUUGCCGGGGAGUCCACGCCGCCGGUUCUCCGGCGCCGGCGGAUACAGAGGAGAGCAGUGGCAGUGAAGAAAACGGUGUGAAAAUCGAAGCUUUAGUCCAAGAAAAUAAUAGCCCUUUUCUUGGAUCUUCAUCUUCACCACCCAAGAAUGCUUUGCUUUUAACCCGGUGUAGAUCUGCUCCAUAUAGAUCUUCAUCGCUGGCUUGUAGGUUCUGGGGUUCGCCAUUAAAGCCCCCCACAGAAACAGAUGAUUCCGGGAUUGAAUCCAAGCAUUUGCCUCAGACAUUACUACUACUUAUCCAAGAAAAGCCCACUUCUUCACCAGAUUGUGGAAACGCAGAGCCGGUGGAAUCAGAAAGUGAAGAUUUUGGGAGCUCAAAUGGUGAAAAAUGCAGAGAAGAAGAAAGUCAAGAACCCAAUAAUAAAGUCCACCCAUUGUUGCUCACAAGGUGCAAAUCUGAACCAGCAAGAACAGGGGAAAGACUGGUUUCUGGAGACUAAGAAGAUUAUGAAUUUCUUUUUGUUUAUAUUUACUGGGUAUAAUAUUUCUGUACUAAUUUUGUUUACCCAAAAUCUUAAAGAAAAAAAUACAGUAAUAAUCAAGUCAGAUAAUAUGUUAAGACUC